AGCCAAGGCUCAUGAUGUCGCAGUUGGCGCUGGGGCUCGGCGGCGAGCGGUGCUACUCCGUGCCUUCCAACCCGCUCGUCCACAACCCGCGCGGCAUGCACUCCGAUGACCAGCACGCGUGGUUCAUCUACAGGUAGACCCCAUUCUCAUCAUCUUAGCGCUUCGGGAUCUCAGCUAAGGCUCAUUAUGUCGCAGUCGGCGCUGGGACUCGGUGGCGAGCGGCGCUACUCCGUGCCUUCCAACCCGCUCGUCCACGACCCGCGCGGCAUGCACUCCGAGGACCUGCACGCGUGGUCCAUCUACCGCUAAACUCCAUUCUCAUCAUCUUAGCGCUUCAGGAUCUCAGCCAAGGCUCAUUAUGUCGCUGUCGGCGCUGGGGCUCGGCGGCGAGCGGCGCUACUCCGUGCCUUCCAACCCGCUCGUCCACGACCCGCGCGGCAUGCACUCCGAGGACCUGCACGCUUGGUCCAUCUACAGGCAAAAUCUGAACUCUGAUUUCACGGACAGCGCGCUGGGAAGCACCGACAAGAGCCCUUUGCCUUAUGGAAACUUCCAGCUCAGAGAUACCACUGUGCAGUCCAUCUUAUCGCAUCCCAGAUAUGGACCUAAAUCAGCGCUUGGUUCGAACAUGUACACAUAUCUCAAAUUCGGACUGCCUCGAGUGUUUCCGCCGAACCACAACGGCUCACAACGCUCUGGGACGCCGAAACCCAAGACCUCGAUUGGCAGUGGAAUGAAACCGGUACCCAGGAUCCAAAGGCAAAGCAGAGGAAUACGCGAGACAUCAUCAGGCUACGACAGUUCCGACAAUGAAACCUCUACAAACUAUAAAUAUAGCCGCAAAUACCGCUCGGAUCCUGAUUUUAGAAUGCAGCAUUUGCACACAUCCUAUCAACCUCAGGGCGGCCCCGGCGUCCCACUAGUAGCCAUGCAGCAAGCAGGCCUCAGAAAUGAGCCCCAUUGGACCAACUCUAGGCAUAAAUCCGUCAGCGAGGCCAAUCUGCUGGGCAUAGAGGCCCGACCACACCGACCCUCGUAUAGCCAUCGGAGGAACAGUGUAGCUGACUUCGUGCCUGACAAUGACCAUCAGAGUUACCUGAUGGCGGCAUCCCACCUCGGAGGUCGAAUGUCAAAAGCCGGCAGUCACAUGUCUUUGGCGCAGUCCAGGAAGCAGUCCACCCUACGGCCUGGGGACCACUUAGAUGGAUACACGCAUUCCGCUUACAUUUACCCUAACUAUUAUGUUAAUAGUUUAGAAAUAACUGCACCGGACAACAAAUCUGCGCUGCUGGUGUCGGGGCUCAGCUUCGAGGUGAAGUCCGGCGAGAUCCUCGCGGUGUUGGCCACGUCGCAGCACGAGGCCACGGGCCUGUUGGACGUCUUGGCUGGCGUUAGAAAGAAACUAACAGGCGAUAUAGUCAUAAACGGCCAGCCUGUGGCGUCAUCAACGCUUCGUAAAGUAGCAGCCUACGUACGAAAAGACACGUCUCUCUGUCCCUCCAUGACGGUUGAACACACACUACGAUUUCACGCGGCGCUGCGGCGGCCGAGGAACAAUCAGCACCAGGUCAAGAUGGAUGAUAGAGAUCGGAUUAAUUGGUUAAUAGAGGAACUAGGUCUUGACCAAGUCCGAGACACAAACGUAGCGCGUCUAACAAGAUCAGAGAUCAGAAGGCUCAACGUCGCUUGCCAGUUAUUACUCGAUACGGCCAUCCUGAUUCUGGACCAACCCACGAAGGAGAUGGAUAUCUUCGACACCUUCUUCCUGGUGGAGUAUUUGAGGAACUGGGCGAGCGGCGGGCGCGUUGUGAUCAUGUCGUUACACCCGCCGACUUAUGAGAUCUUUGCCAUGCUUACAAAGGUGGUCUUAAUAUCCGCUGGUAGGACGAUGUUCAGCGGGUACAGAAGAGACAUGUUGCCAUAUUUCGCUUCUAUCGACUAUCCUUGUCCCGCCUUCAAAAAUCCUUCUGAUUAUUAUUUGGACUUAGUAACGUUGGACGACCUGUCAGCGGCCGCCAUGCUGGAGUCGUCGGGGCGCAUCGAGGCGCUGGCGGGGCUGUUCGCGGGCGCGCAGGCGCCGCCCGAGCCGCCGCCGCCCGUGCCGCUGCCCGCGCCCGUCGCCAGGCCCAACGUCGCCGUGCAGGCGGCAGCCCUUAUACAAAAAAGUUUGGUGUUUACUCAAAUGACGACGCUGUCUAACGUGGUGACGAGGGUGCUGAUCGCAGCCAUCAUGUCGCUCAUCACGGGAACAAUUUUCUGGGACCUACCCACCACUGACGCGAAGUUAACGCAAAACGACCGAGUCGGAUACCACUACUCCGUGAUGUGCCUAAGUCUGUGUCCAUUGUUAAUGUGGCUGACCGCGCGAGAAGCUAGCUCUAUGAGAAGGCACGUAGAAAGAGAUGUUGCCGUGCCGUUGUACUCUCGCACCGUAUUCAUACUUUAUGAUCAAUUUCUGGAGCUAUGGUCGGCUGUGCUAACGUGGUUCGCGUACCUCGUGCCGAGCUACGCCAUGAGCGGCCUCUACGCCCAGACUCCGGGGUCGUUCGACGGAUUCUAUAUUUAUUUAGGUUACACCGCGCUCUAUCUAAUAGCCACUCAGAUGAUGUUCCGAGCCUUCGUCUUCCUCGUACCGAUGGAGAAGACGGCCACGAUCCUGGCAGGCGUCUGCUUACUGCUCAGCACCCUGGCUAACGGGGUGAUGCUGCACCAGCAGGACUUGCCGCAGUACUGGCGGUGGCUGGAGUACGUGUCGCCCUCGAGGUGGACGCUGCCGGAGAUCCUGAUGAAGGAGUUGAGCGAAACUGCCUUGAGGACGAGUAUUAGUAAGGAGAUGAGGUGUACUAAUAAACAGAGACCAUAUAACGACAUAAUAGUACAAUCCCAAUGCCCACCACCGAACGGCACCCAAGUCCUCUCCAACUUCGAGUACCUCCGCACCGACAACAUCUGGGAGUGGUCAGAAGAGAGCUUCUUAAUAGCUCUGGCCAUCUUUUAUGCAGUUUUCGCUGUGAUCGCCGUUUUGGCUUUUGUGUGCGACUGUACCAAGUACGUUAGGAGAAAGGAACGAAACAGCUUGAAAGGACACAAGGUUACUGUUAAUACUCCUUGAAAAUAAUACUUUGAUCAAACUUUGACUUUUAAGUAACGAAACGUUUUGAAGAAAAUUUGCAAUUGUAUAAGAAUGUGAUUAUAAACUUGUGUUAGUUUUCAAGAUAUCUAAAUAAACUAACUGACCCGCUUUGUCGAUAGCCAUAACGACGCUUUAACCGGUUAUUCGUACAAGCAAAUCUCAUCCUUAUGGCAAGCGACAAAGGGGGACGUUAUGCCGACCGCGGUCACAUAUGAUCUUCUAAAAUUUUGUAGCACAGGUUUGGUGAUCUAGUAGGUAUCAGAUUGUAUUGGAAGAUGAAUAAAUUUUCCAUAUAAUUUGAUGCAGGAAAAAAUUAGAAUUAUACUUAAAUCGGAUACGAAACGGGCAAGUUGAUUGAAUUUCUUAGGUCAUUUUCUGUAUAAGCUGAACUAAAACGCUGAUCUGGAAGUUAGAUAAUUUAUGAUCUGUUCAAUAUUGUAUCGCUAGGAAUUAAAUAAAUAAAUGAAUGUACAAAGAAAUUAUAACUAAAGUAGUAUAUUUAAUAGACUUAUAUUAACUAACUGCGAAAGGCUGACUGUAUAUCGUCUUCCGUCCUCGAAUGCAUGAGUAUUGUAUAAUAAAAUGUGCCGAAUGCAUGUGUUAGGUUAAUUAGACACAUAUCACAAGUUUACCUUAGUCACUACUUUUCGUUCUUCACAUGUUUUGCCAAAAACGUGAUGUCUAUGAAACUAUACUAUUAUCGAUAAAGUAAAUAAAAAGAACAGAGACAAAAUGACAAAACAACGCACAUUUAGUUUUCUUUUUACGUGUAUGAAAGGCGUCUUUUUUAUUGCGUAUUGGAUAUUGUCGUAGGGCGAUUGGAUAUUGUUGUUGGGAGCGGUGAUUCUGUUCUAUUUAUUUACUCUUAAUCUAUCUCGCUUUCUCUUUUCUACUCCUGUAGAAAAGUCCUUCAAGCACUUAUUAUGAUUGUGAAUGUGCAUGUGCUCAAUGCAAUGGUGUAUGAAAUAAUAAAUGAAUAUUGGCAUUCUCGCAAAUUCUUUCUUAUCUAGGCUUAGGUAGACGGUGCGCUACUUCACAUGCGAGUUACGUAACAUUGCCGAAAACGGAAGUACUACCAAUGAAAUAGACCAAUCUAAUAUUACAAUGUGACAUGACUCGCUCGCACCGUCUACGUGAGCUUUAAAUCAAAAUGAAUCAUCAUAUACUCUUGGACGACAAAAACAGUAUUACGACAUUUUAAAGUGUUUAUAACCUACUGCCAAUGGUUGACUAGUAUGUCCAUCUUUCAAUCAUCUUUUUUAUUUAAUAUAGUUCAUUAAAUUUUAAGUAGUUUAAAGGAAUAAAAGUGGAGCCAUAUCAAUUAGAUAAUUAUAUAAUAAUUGUUAAGUUACCUUACCUUCGGCAUAAUAAAAAUAAAUUUAAUAAA